GUGGGCUGUUUGUGUUGCAGUCAUGUUCUCGUGCAAAAGGGGAGGAUCCUGGACAUGAGUAUAUGCCUGACAUGGGGCAUGCUGUUUCGUAUGAAGCCAAUGUAUUAGAUGAUUAUUAUUAUAAUACAUGGGACAAGGAAAGCGUCAAAGGGCGUAAAGAGCUUUCGAUGCCACGCCAACCCAUUGCAGGCACGAUGCCGAGAGGCUAUGCUGGGGUCGCUUUAGCCCAAGAUGGGGCUGCUAUGAUGUCAACGUUGAGGGGAUAUUCGGCUCAUUCGGCGAUUGCCACGCCUGCAAAGUCUAAGAAAUUAAAUUACGAUGAAAAGGAGAAUACUUUAAAUGACGGUGCGACACCGUAUGCGGUGUGGGCUGCUGCUAAAGAAGUUAAGAAAGAGGUGCUAGGAAAAGUAGAAACAACUGCUAAGGGUGUGUUGCAUACUGCACAUGAAUUACACGCUCAACAUAUGGGUGGUGCUGCUCACGGAGAUGCAACAACAAAACAUAGCGACGCGACAGUUCAUGCUGUAGAAACUGCAAAGGCGGCAGGUGAACAUGUUGAAAAGGCUAUUGAUAAUGUUCACAAUGCUGUGGCAGAUGCAACACACGGUACCUUGGCUCAUGCUACUGAAAAGGUGGCUGAAUCGGGAGAACAUGGUGAUGGAGGACACAAUGAGGUACUUCAUGCAGCAGAGGGGCAUGGAGAAGAACAUCAUGCGGGUGGUGAAUUUAAAAUGGGCUUUACGGUUCCUGGUCUGGCUGAGGAUCAUAAAACCAUUGCCAAACAAUUUCUCAUUACUGGGAUGAUUUGGGCGUUCAUCGGGGCUGCAAUGUCUAUCGUUUUUCGCUUACAAUUGGGUUUUCCAGAAGAGAGUUUGGCUUGGUUAAAGCCAAUUUUGGGCAAAUGGAUUGUAUUAGAUGAUGCUACAGGCAUGGGCAAGUUGGCACCUGAGUUUUAUUAUGCUUUGGUGACGAUGCAUGGUACUAUUAUUGUGUUUUUUGUACUGACAGCAGGUUUGAGUGGUACUUUUAGCAAUUUAUUAAUACCUUUGCAAAUUGGUGCACGAGAUAUGGCUUCGGGCUUUCUAAAUAUGUUGUCUUAUUGGUUUUUCUUUCUUUCGGGCAUUAUUAUGUUCUUCUCUCUGUUCCUUAAUACAGGCCCUUUUUCAGGUGGUUGGACGGCAUACCCGCCAUUAAGUGCUUUGCCUCAAGCUUCAACAGGCUCACAAGCUGGUGCUACAAUGUGGCUGGUGAGUAUGACGUUUUUUAUCGUGUCUGUUUUGUUAGGUGGUAUAAAUUAUAUUACAACUAUCUUGAAUUUACGCACGAAAGGUUUAAAUAUGUGGCGUUUGCCGUUGACGAUAUGGGCGUUUUUAUUGACUGCGAUUAUCGGAUUGCUUUCGUUUCCUGUUUUGGCUUCGGGGGCAUUUUUAUUGAUGUUUGAUAGGAGUUUGGGUACGAGUUUUUACUUGAGUGAAAUUUUUAUUGGGGGCAAGGCUUUAGAUAAUGUUGGUGGUAGCCCUAUCCUAUUUCAGCAUUUAUUUUGGUUUUUAGGCCACCCCGAAGUAUAUAUUAUCAUCUUGCCAGCAAUGGGUUUAGUUUCAGAAGUACUUUCUGUGCACUGCCGCAAGCCUAUAUUUGGUUAUAAAGCGAUGGUAUUUUCUAUGUUAGCAAUUGGAUUUUUGUCUUUCAUCGUAUGGGCACACCAUAUGUUUAUGGCAGGUGUAAAUCCUUUUAUAUCCAAUUUUUUUGUUAUUUUUACUUUGAUUAUUGCGGUGCCAUCUGCGGUAAAAGUGUUUAACUGGAUUGCAACGAUUUGGGGAGGUAAUAUUCGUUUCAAUUCGGCGAGUUUAUUUGCCAUUGGGUUUGUUUCGAUGUUCAUUUCUGGAGGUUUGACAGGGAUUUUUCUUGGUAAUUCUGCUAUUGACAUUGUGAUGCACGACACCUAUUUUGUUGUAGCACACUUUCACGUUGUAAUGGGUGUUGCAGCAUUUUUUGGUAUGUUUGCUGGUAUUUAUCACUGGUUUCCCAAAAUGUAUGGUCGUUUUAUGAAUGAAACGUUGGGUAAGAUCCAUUUUUGGGGUACGUUGAUAGGGGCUUAUUGUGUGUUCUGGCCUAUGCACUAUUUGGGUAUGGCAGGUGUUCCUCGUCGUUAUUAUAGCUUUGAAGCUUUUGAUGCCUUCAAACACUUCGAUGCAACUAAUAAAUUUAUUACUAUUUCUGCAAUCGUUACUUUCUUUUUACAAGUUUUAUUUAUGAUAAAUUUUUUCCAUAGCAUUUGGAAAGGUAGAGUUUGUACUAAUAAAAACCCUUGGGACGCUUCUACAUUGGAGUGGACAACACCAAUAAAACCAGGACAUGGAAACUGGACUGGUAAAAUUCCAUCAGUUCAACGUUGGGCUUAUGAUUAUAGCAAAGAUGAUAGGGGAGAGGCUAUUUCUCAAAUAGUGCCACUUGAGGCUGGGGAGCUAAAAGUUAGACUUACUGCACUGGUGGUUUUUUCUGCAGUCAUUGCUUAUUUGAUUAGUGCUGAUGGAGAUAUAAAUUGGAAUGCAUUAGGGGUGUUGGCAUUAGGUGGCUUUUUGGUAACUGCGGCUGCCAACGCACUCAAUCAGGUGUUAGAGAGAGAAUAUGAUAAAUUGAUGAAGCGAACGGCCGAUAGACCUUUACCUGCGGGACGGAUGACGAUUUCGGCGGCACUUUUGGCAGCAGGUUUGAUGAGUCUUGUUGGUGUUGCCUUGUUGACUUCUUUAAAUCCUAUGACAGGUUUUUUGGGUACUAUUUCUCUGAUUUCGUAUGCUUUUAUUUAUACGCCCAUGAAGCGGGUUUCACCUAUUGCGGUGUUUAUUGGUGCAUUUCCGGGAGCUUUACCUAUGGCGAUUGGAAGUGUGGCGGUUACAGGCAUAUUGACUUCCGUGUCAUUGGUGCUGUUUGCGAUUCAGUUUUUAUGGCAGUUUCCUCAUUUUUGGGCGAUUGCAUGGGUUGGGCACGAAGAUUAUUCUAAGGCUGGAUUUCGGUUGUUGCCUUCUCAUAAUAAUGAGUUAGAUGCAAGCAUCGGUUUUUACAGUUUUUUGUAUGCUUUGGCUUUAUUAGGUGUUAGUAUUUUACCUUAUUUUAUGGGG